CCCGCGUCAGCUGACUCUGCCAGGCAGCGGCCCGGCCGGCACCGAGCCCGCGGAACCUCCGGCGCUGCCACCCGCAGCAUGGCCGGGGUCGUGGUGAGCGGAGCACAGGUGUCCUACAUUAGUCAGGACUGUGAAGAAAUUCCAGAAUUCCUAGGAAGAAAAUAUGGACGCAUGGCAAAAAGGCUAGACCUUAGCUUCAACUUGCUAAGGUCACUAGAAGGACUGAAAACAUUCAGUUACUUGGAAGAGCUGAUCUUGGACAACAAUCUACUUGGAAAUGACCUUCUGUUACCCAGGUUACCCCACCUCCAUACCUUAACGCUCAACAAGAACCAAAUAACAGAAUUAGAAAGCCUUUUGGACCAUUUGGCUGAAGUUGUGCCCUCAUUACAGUAUCUCAGUUUGCUUGGAAACAUUGCUUGCCCAAAUGAACUGGUCUGCAAAGAAAAGGAUGAAGAUGACUACCAAAGAUACAGAUAUUUUGUCCUGCACAAAUUGACAAACCUGAAAUUUCUCGAUACUCGGAAAGUAACCAGGAGGGAGAGAGAGGAAGCCUUGAUAAGAGGUGCCUUCAUGAAAGUGGUGAAGCCCAAGGAUGCCUCCAGCGCUGCUGCCCCUGCCUCUCCAGAGAUGCACUACACACCUCUGCCUUCUGGAUCCAGAGACCUCACCAACCACAGAGGCAUUUUGGGGAAAUGUCGCUACAUUUACUAUGGAAAACAUUCCGAGGGCAACAGAUUCAUCCGAGAUGACCAGCUAUAAAACACAGCGCUGUUUUGUGCCUCUUCAGUCCCUCCACAUAAGAAGCACAAAUCACAUCUACAUUUUAAGCAUGUAACUAAAGUCCUCUAGUGCCUUCUGCUGACUUUGCCAAGCCUGUCAAGAUCAUCCUUCUAUCUUAGUCUGAGUAGUCACAUAGAGAUUGACAUGAUUGCCUUUAAGCAGGUCCCAUCCACCAGCGUGACAGACAGCUGCAGCCGAGCACCCGGCCUGACAGGAGGAGCAGGGUGAUGGAUUGCCUGGUCCAGAGCUGCUCGCAGGAGAGCAGGAGUCACACCUGGGGCUGGGCUGAGCCCGCUCCGGCCGCGGCGCCUCCAAAAGCACCGCGUUUAUCUCUGCCUGGCCUGUUGAGCCAGAGUGGGUGCUGAUAUCAAAGUGUUUAUAAAAGACAGAGGCUGUAUUUUCAGAUGAAAAAGGCCUUAUCUGUUCUUAUUUUUUUCCCUGUGAAUUAAGUGCUUGUGUUUCUAUCAUCUCAUACAUGCUUACACAAAUCCUUUCACAGUUUGGUAGUACACCCACCCACCCCCAAAAUGAGCCUAGAUGGAUUAUUUUUUCUUUCAGCAGGGAAAAAUAUAUGUCCUGAAAACAAUCUGGCCAUGCAAAGCACUGUCAAUCUGUAUAGAUGUUUAUAUGCAAAGGAAAAGGAUUUUAGUAAUUUCCCAGACAAACAAAUUUUUCUAAUUCUUGAAUCACAUCUCAUCGUUUACUAGCUCUUGCCUUCAGAAAAGUGAACAUUUCUUUAUGUUGUAAAAUAAUGCCAUAGCUUAACUGUUUACACUUGGAAGAAGUCCUCAUCAGUGAUAUUGACAGUGUGUAUUAUUCCUGGUUUAUUGCACAAGCUAUUUUUAACUUUUAGGGAUUAUGUUUAGAAUUAAAUGCGUAAAUUUUGGGGGGAAAGUGCUUAAAAGGAGUGAUAUAAAUCUGCCACCAGAUGGGUGUGAUUAUUCAGAGGGGAAAAAAGUCAACACAAGUAACUGGUGGAAUUGACACAAUUAGCAACUUUACUAAUAUAUUAGAGAGAGUUCUGAAUAAUCCCUUUUGAUAUCUGUGUAAGGCUAUUGUCAAAUUUUCAGUCAAGAAAAUAAAAAGGCAUGGCAAAUUUUCUGUUUUUCUGAUAAAGAGGUUUGAAAUAUUUAGAAUCAUUAACUUGUUACUGUGAAAAAAACCCUCAUACUUCAUGCAUAUAUUGUGUUAAAUCCUACUUGAUACAAUGGGAUUGGCCAAGGAAUAUGGAGAAAUUCUGACUUCUUGGCUGUUCCAAAUGCAUUCAUAUUGAUCCCAGUUGAGAGCUAUCAGUGCCUAGCUGUUCUUGGUUUGUUUGAAAUUACUUGGUGGUCUUUAUUCACUUUCCUGGUUAAAAAAAAAUACAGUCUUUAGAAACUGUCUACUUUGGAGGCUUUUAUCAGCUGGCAUUACAGGUGGAAGUGAACUGAACAUGGAAGCCAGUCGUGAAAGCAGAUGUGACUGAUGAAAUAGUGAGGCACUGGCUGAGUGCCAAAGGAAAGCUUGCUGCUGCUCAGCAUUUUAGACCUCACUCAGUAAACGGAAGCCUUUGCUCACUCGGCAAGUAUAUAAUAAAUCUUUAACAGAUACUUAAAAUCACUGAUGAACAUAGAACGAUCCAGUUCACACCACUUGUAGUUCAAAUGGAUCUCUGAGCUGUUUGAUUGGUGUCUGGAAAGCACGUUCUAGCCACUGUCGUGCCUCUUCUAAUGUCAUACAUGACUACAAAUGAAAGGCCAAUUCACACUGCAAAUCUGAGGAGAUACCAGAUAAAUGAAAGCUACAUGCCUUUUUCUUUAAUCAAAAAUAUUAACAGAAAUAUUUAGGGCACUUGUCAUCUGUUUUGGUUACCAAAAUAACAGCAAUCUUAGUUUGUUCCUACAUGAGGCCUGUUUUGAAGCCUCCACACAUUUUGGCUAUGGCAAUGUUUUAGGCAGCAGGAUUUGGAAUAGGGAUGUUUAGAAUAACCUAAUGUCACUUUCAGUCUGUUUGCAUAUAUGUUCUUGUCUUUAUAAAAGGCUUUAACCCUGCCUCAAACAAUAAACAGCACUUGCAAACUGACCGCAUGAUUUUUCCAUCUUUAUUUUGCUUGUUUACUUUUCCUAAUGUCAAAACCAUUUGUAUCAUUUUCAGGAGUGUUUUUUUCCUAGCAAAGCUUUGGAGGCAAAAAUAUUUUUGGAAUGAAAUUUAAGCAAAUUCUCUUCCACUUUGGAUUUUGUUUUCACCUGGGGAAUGAGGUACCUAGAAUUAAAUAUAGUAAAGCCCUAAUAGAAAUCUGCUUGAAGGGAAUUCACACUAAAUGUCUCUAAUUCUGGAAAAUCCAAAAGAAAAUCUGUGAAUAAUUAUUUUGUAUUACUAGCAUGUAUUAGGAUAUUAUUUAAAAACAUGCGUGGAUGUGUAUUACUGUUUAUGCAAACAUCUUUUUUUCUUUUUAAACAUGUAGAGCAUUAUAUUUUCAGACGUGUUCUGCUGAAAUUCUGGUUAAAGAGAUGGCAGAAUUUUCAUACCUAGGGUUGCUUCCUAUACUGGGUUCUUUCCUAAGUGGGAACUGUGCCUGAAUUUCUUAAAUGAACAAUAAUUUAGGAUGAAAGUUACAGUGAAGUAAUCUAGGAAGAAGUUCCACGCUCUUUCCUUUUCUUCCCCUUCUCCAUAUGUCGCACAUUUUUGCCUCUCAAGAUUAACU